AUGGCUCAACAAACCGAUGGGGCCUUGGUCUCCUCCCCGUGGACAAGGUCUCUACUUGCUGGUGCUGUCGCAGGUCUCACAGUAGACUGCUCCCUAUAUCCUCUCGACACCAUCAAAACCCGUCUUCAACAAGCACACAACCACGCAGCUCCACAAGCCCGCCUAUCCCUGCGCCAGACAGUUCGUGGUAUCUACGCUGGUCUUCCCUCCGUCCUCUUCGGCUCCGCCCCCUCAGCCGCCUCUUUCUUCAUCGUCUACGAUGGCGUUAAGCGCUCGCUGCUCCCUCCCUCCAGCAACUCCUCCUCCGAGCAACCGUCGCGCUCCCACAUCGUCUUCACUCACUCCAUCGCUUCCUCACUCGGUGAGAUCUCAGCUUGCGCUGUGCGCGUACCAACCGAGGUCGUCAAGCAGCGUGCUCAAGCCGGCUUGUUCGGUGGCUCAACUCUACUUGCACUAAAAGAUAUCUUAUCACUGCGACACCCCGCACCAGCACCAGCAGCUGAUGUAGCUUCGCAGGCUAGCACAGCUCCCUUGAAGCGGGGGUACGGACAAGUCAUUCGAGAAUUGUACCGCGGCGCUGGAAUCACCAUCGCGCGCGAGAUUCCCUUCACCGUCUUGCAGUUUACCAUGUGGGAAUCGAUGAAGGAGGCUUAUGCGAACAGAUAUCUAGAGGCUGGGUCUUCUCAAAUACCCGUGUCAACAAGUGCCAUGUUCGGUAGUGUUGCUGGUGCCAUUGCGGCCGGUCUGACGACUCCGCUGGAUGUUAUAAAGACACGGGUUAUGCUUGCACGUCGUGGAGAUGGGGGCGAGGCACCGAUUCGUGUUAAGGAGAUCGUGCAGGGAGUCGCGCAAGAAGGCCUUGGUACGUUCUGGCGCGGGAUCGGACCGCGUGUGGCAUGGAUUGGCAUAGGUGGUGCUGUGUUUCUUGGUAGUUACCAGUGGGCGUGGAACACUUUGGAGGGGAAGAGGGGGAAGGAUGAGGUAUAG